ACGAGUGAAUCAUUGAAUGAAAGAGUAAAUUGAAAACAAAGCAAAACAAAACAAAAACAGAGCAUAGAACAGAAAACUCAACAAACCACCUCCAACUUGUGCUAAAACUAAGCAGAAGAACUGUGACCAUUAAAAGCUGGCUGGUUUGCUUAAUUUAAACUGAGAAAAGAAUAAUAGAAAGAUGAAUGAAUGAAUGGUUGGUUGGAUGGAUGGAUGCAUGGAUUGUUGUUGGUAGUAGUGGGAUGGAGUGUUGAACAGACAUUUGAUGGAUGGACAAAUAUAAGUUCAUUAGAUGCAUACGGUCUGUUGAAUUGUUAAGACGUGCUUUAUAUAAAGUUUACAGUAACGGUAUUUUAAUUUGUGUUUUCAUUACAUAUCUCGUAUUUUUAUUUUUUUGUUUCGUUGUCGUUUGUAAUCUUAGUUCAUCGCCAUCACAAUAAUAUUUAUGAAACAGUAGUAUCAUGUGUAACUCUUCUCAUAGUGCGUGAAUUGGUCGUCCAUGUUCUCAAAUCGAUCAUAUAUGUACAUAUGUACACGUAAAGUCAUUACCGCUGAUGACGUCUUCGUCAUCGUCUUUGAUAUAUAUAUAUUUCUCAAAAUCUACAAUUAGUUUUUCAUCCAAAAACAAUAAUAACUAACGUACACAGUUACAAACAAGGAACAACAACUACAUCGCCAAGCUCAACAAAAACUAAUAUGGGUACUGCGCCGGAAUGUAUACAACAAAAUAACGAAACAACAUACAAACGUACACACAUAUGUACUUAAAAAUUCACAUACAUUUAAACAUAUGAGAGAAUUUUAACAAUUCGCAGUAUUGAUGUUUACUAUUGUUUCUUCAGUACUUGUCGUGUGUGGGGUUUGGUUGUGGUUGCGUUACGCGUAACGGCAUCGACAACUCAUACGUACUUGUGGAUGUACGUUAACAACGCUGCUUUGCUUUUGCUGCUUUUAUUUUAGUAGAGUUUGGUAUGUUUAGCAUCCGUUAUCAUCGCUGUUUAUAAAAAAAGAUAGUCAGCCAGACAGUCAGUUAUUCAGUCAACCAACCAAUCCAUCGAAUAGGCAGACAAUGAAAGAAAAAGUCUACACAGGCACACGUAUUAGCCGCUUACAAACGGCAUUCGUAUAUUAAACGCCAAGUGGUAUAGUUGCGAGCGCGAUUGUGUGUCCACCCACAACGACAACAACAAAAACUAGUACAAGUACAAUAAUAAUUAUAACAACAACAACAAGAAAGACAAUAAUAUAAUAACAAAUAGUAUAACCGUUAGUUAUAUUGGAUACUCAUAUGAAAACAAAUACAUGAAACAAAAACAAGACAAAACAAAACUAUAUCAGCAUUUCCACCUGUCUGUUCGCUGCCUCUUCCUCAAUAAUAGUUAUCAGUAAGGGGUUAGCAGCACAACCCUCUCCCGCGCAUUCGCCCUUUUACAUUUGACUUGACAGCAACAAUAUUAAAACAAACCCACCCCACCCCCAUCUCGACAACCCUCGCCUAGCGCGUAACCAACAAAAUAAAAUCUAAUUUUUAAAUUGGCAUCAAAGUGUAAACGCCGAAAAUAAAAUUGAAUUAUCUUCACGUAUGUGUCCGUAGUCACUCACAGGACAUAGACGUGUUCGGACGUGUAUAUUUUUGGACGUUACUUUUUAAAAUCAUUAUGCACAUACAACAAUAACCGAACUUUAAUAAACACAAAUAUAAGAAAACAAACAAAAAAUACAAAUUAAAAAAUAAAAACCACUAAUAAUAAUAAAAAUAAAACAAGUGAAUAAGAAUAAAACCUGCUUAAGUGUAUAAAAAUAAAAUUGAAAUAUUAAUCUAAUAGAGUGAUUAAAUAUUAAAAAAUAUUUAAACCAGCACUACGUUAAAACACCAAGUUAAUUAUAGUAAAAUUUUUUAAAUAGUUUUUUUAAAUAAUUUUACAAAUAAAUUAAAAACAUAUGUGUUUAGAAGAAAUAUAUUUUAAGAAUAACAACAAUAACAAGUUUAAAAAAAAACUUUUAAGGUUCCUAUUAUAUAUUAAAUAAAAAACAACUAAAAUAAAAAGUACAAUAAAGCUAAAUUGCUUCAAAGCAAAGCUCACUGGCGGAACAUAUCUUUUUCGAGGACAUUUAUCCAUCCAUCGAUAGUAAACGAAUUUAUUGCUCGAACACAACGGAAAAGCAUAAUCUGACACGUUCUUUGUAUUGAUCACACAAACGUAUUUACCUAUCAAAUUGACAUUUAACCAUACACUCGUGGAUACAACAUCGAGGAUUUGCAUAGGAGAAAUCGAAAAGAAAGUUGAAUGAAAACUUUGGAUUCUCAUCAUCACUGUUAUCGGCUAACACUUGUACUAAAGUGAAAAAUUUUAAGUAACAAAUUUAAAUUUAGUCGAAAAUGCGAAUUAAAAUGCCUGCAGUUAGGAUUGCGCAAGAUUCUGACUCCACAGAAGCAGAUGGUACUACUCAGGAUAUGCUUACAUGCGGAACAUGUCAAAAAGUGUUUGCUCUCUCUGAUAUAGUAAAAUUCAUACAGCAUAAAGUUUUGCAAUGUAAUAAGGAAAACUAUGGCCAGUGUUCCACCCAAGGCCCCUCAAACGACAGAGCUGAUACCGAAGAUGGAAGACCGUUGGGUCUAGCAAAUCGACGUCCAUCAUUAACAGCACCCACUCGCAAACCAUCUAGUGGUUCUCGAAUCCACACACCACCACCUAGUCCAGCGGACUUGUUGGCGGAUGGUGCAUCAAGUACACCAAAGCGUUUAGUAGAUGAAAACGACAAUACUACACCCAAAAACUCAGACUCUACUCUUGAUGAGCUUAAAUCCUGCAAUACAGCCGUUAUUAAACAAGAACUCAAUCAGGAUGACAAUGAUGCAGAGUCUAACCAUGACAAUGAUGAUUGCCAACCUGUGACAAAACGUCCGAAAAUAGAGUUUGUCGAUGCUGAAUCAAAUACUUUACAUACAGAACCCAGCAAUUACACGUGUUCGACAUGCAAAACUAGACAUUCUUCGGCAUGGCGUUUAAUUCAACAUGUACAACAUUCGCAUGGAGUUAAAAUUUAUAUUGAAUCUACAUCAUCAGUGUCCGAAGCUAUAAUGCCUGCGCAACAAAUAGAAAAUGACUCGAACAACACGAGCAGUAGUAGUCCUAACAGCUCAGUAUGCAUAACAUCGCCUAUUAUUGCUUGUAGUCAACAACAGCAGCAACAUCACCACAAGCAGCAGCAACAACAACAACAUAUUCAACACCAAAUGCAUCAUAGAGCUGCUGCAGUUGCCGCAGCAGCUGUUGCAGCGGAACAACAUAAACAGCAACAACAACAAAAUAAUUUAACAACAGCUAUGCAAAAUGCUCAAAAUUUAGCUGCCGCCGCAGCUGGAAUGCGGCAUCAUCCUCUGCUACCACCUCCUGAUAUGCAUUCUACUAAUCCAUUUAAUUUAUUGCGAAUGCCUUUGCCACCAACUCUUGCUCAAGGAUCAGUGGUUCCUACCGUUUCUCCUCUUUUCUCGCGCCCUCACGCAGAUCAUUAUCGUAUGGAGCAGCUUGUAUCAGAGCAAUUUCGUCAUCAUGGACUCAAUCUUGCAGCUGCAGCAGUAGCAGCUGCCAACUCACUUGCUGCGCCCCAUACGCCAACAUCCCAAUUUAACCAAAGUUCUAAUGUCUCUUCUGUUGGAUCUGUAGAUCCAAGACCACCAUCGAGUAGCAGCUGUCAUCGUGGCACAACAACUCCCUCUUCAUUACCGCUAAUUACUGGUCAGCAACAGUCGUCAAAUGCUCCAACACAGCAACCUAAUUCUAUAUCAAUUGAACCUCAGAUGGAUUUUUACUCGCAGCGAUUGCGUCAGCUUGCAGGAACAACAAGUCCUGGAGCUGGAAACAUUGUUAACUCGAGCUCGCCGAGUCCACGACAAAAGCAAUCGCCGAACUUUGCGAGUCCUUCCCCGUCGCAUCAACUCCCACCUACUCCAGUCACAAAUAACACUCGUCCGCAUUCCUUGACACCACCUGAAAAGAGCAAUAUAGUGUCGAGUGAAAACGGAACGGCAUUAAAUACUACACCCCGCUCAGCAUCGACGCCACCCUCAAAACCAAGUCAGGAAUCUUCGGUUAGUGCAUCAGUAUAUACAUGCGCUUAUUGCGAUAAAAAGUUUCGUUUUGAAAAUAAUCUCAUCAUUCAUCAGCGAACUCAUACUGGCGAAAAGCCAUACAAAUGCACUGCCUGCGAUUUUGAGUGCUCGCAUAUUCAAAAACUUAUGAAGCACAUGCGUAUUCACCGCAGUCCUAUGGAAGAUGGUCAUAGCAACACAGGUUCGGUAGAAACAAAUGAAUGUGACACAGAGCCGGAACAUGAUGCAGAAGAAAAUCCUGAUGAUGAAAUUAAUGAAGAUGAUGACGAGGAAAUGGAUGAACAAGACGAAAUAGAUUAUGAGGCAGAAGAUCUUAGUGUUAACAAUAACCGUUUAGAUGAUAAAAAUGAUAAUCCAAAAUGCACCACUUCUAACGCACCUACAUCCUUAGUUGGUGAGUUAAUGGACAAAUUCGGUUUAUCGAACAUCGCUCAGUAUUCAGAAGCUUAUAAACAGGCUCUACAAGAAUCAAAUAAUUUUACACAACUUGCCAAAGAUAUCGAUAACAACAACUCCACCAGCUCUCCCAUUAAUCAAAUGUCUGACAAACUUAAUGGGUUUCCCGCAGCGUUACGUCUCAGGGAAGAAUUUGCAAAGAAUAUAUUCCAGAAACCACAACAGCACCAAGACUCAAAUCAUCCGCCAUCGCAAGUUCCACUUUUCAACCCUUUUCCCAACCCUUUCGAAAUUUCAAAACGCAUGAAAAUUGAUGGAAAUGAAUGGUGGAAUAUGCAAGCUCUACAUCGCAACGAUUCACUUUUUGAAAAUCUCAAGCUUAAACCGCUAGGUCUGGGUACGGCCAACUCAUUGCUGACACAAAAUCCUUUAAUGAAAAAAGAGAGCCGUCAACGUAAUGAUACUUGUGAGUUCUGUGGUAAAGUUUUCAAAAACUGUUCCAAUCUUACCGUCCACCGCCGUAGUCACACAGGGGAAAAACCGUACAAAUGUGAACUCUGCUCUUAUGCAUGUGCUCAGAGUUCCAAACUUACACGCCAUAUGAAAACUCAUGGUCGAUCUGGUAAGGAUGUUUAUCGUUGUCGUUUCUGUGAUAUGCCUUUCAGCGUGCCCUCCACAUUAGAAAAACACAUGCGCAAAUGUGUUGUAAAUCAGGGUAAGGCAGCAGCUGCCGCAGCUAAUGCUGCGAAUGCCGUUGUCGCCGCACAGGCUGCAGCAGCGGCUCAACUCCAAACACAAAUGCCAACAGCACAGCAACUUUCCUCGCCACCAACUAACGCCUCAUUUCCUCCACAAUUUACCAACAUGGCUGGUAGCACAAUUUCUUUACCGAGCAGUAUUGGCGACAAUGACUCCAAUGCAUCUACAAGUGUAUCUUCCCAACACGCAAUAUCAUUAAAACACGAGGCAUGACUUUAUCAUAGUUGGAACAGCAGUUCUGGUAACAUCAACUCUCCGGCAGUUGUUCUGCAGUCACAGCAACAGCAGCACCUGUUGACACCUCCACAGCAUCACAUUCUUCAACAUUCUCUUCCAACAGUGAAUCGCAUUUUAUCGCGUAUCUUUUAAAGAUAUUUGCCCCCGCUAUAGUGAAUUCUUGUAAAUAUAAUGUUAUUUUCUAUAAAUAUUCGGAAUAUCCGAAAAACCUAAGCUCACUUUCUAAAAGAAAGAGCUGGUUUUUUAUAUAAACUAAUAUGUAAAUUAAUGAUCCAAUUUACCAGCGAUUACUAUUUUGUAUCUCGUUCUCUUUACCAAAGCAAUAAAAGACAAUGAAAAUGAACAACUUUAGUCAACCUCUGCUGAAAAACCCGUGAUUUGAACGAGUAUUUUUCAUUACAUUUCCCAGUAAUAUUUUAUUUUUUAUAAUUAAAAAGUUAUUACAUAUUUAAAACUUAUUAGCUAAUGUAUAUUCCCAGUGAAAUUAAGUAGAUGUUUUUUUUUUUUUAAUUUAGAAAAUAUAAUGAAGAGGAAACAAACAAAUUAUGUGAGUAGUGUUCAUUCGUAUUUGAAUUAUUUCCAUACCUUAUACAUAAACACUUUUUUACCUCAAAAUGUUGUGAUCGAUGAAAAAAUCAAAAUAAAUUAUAAAAAAAAAUUGAUGAUCCCUUCUUUAAAUGGUGAACAGUUUUUAUGAAAAACACACUAACAGUUUGUCUUCAAACUCAUGUCUGCUAAAGUGUAUAUUUUUUUCCUUUUUGCAAGUGUUUAUUAAUUUAUAUGCCCACUUGACAAACAGUUGUCCAUUCAUUCAAGAGACUGACUUUUUAUUGGUUUGGUUUUAGUUGUCGUUAUGAUUUUUAAGAAUUUAUUAUUAUGUGAUCAUCGUUACUUUUUCGCUCGUUAUAUUGAAAUGUUUAUUUUUGUUUAGAAAAUCAGUUUUUUGUAGAGAAGAAAAUUAUGAUAGAUUGGCUAGCAAGAAAAACUCAUACCUGUUUAAAGAUAAAUAUCCGACACAGGGUUGCUUUACAAAUUUAAGUAUUCAAAAAAUAAAAUAAUUGUUAUUGGGGUGAUUUUUUCAAUAUUUUGUGUAAAAUUCGUCAUCUUAUUCAGACAAACUGAUUUCAACCUUUAAUAGUUCGUAAUCCUCUAAGCCUUUUGUAAAUUAUUCUUUGCCUUUUUAGUUUUAAUUAAAUUUAAAUCGAAAUGUACAAAUCAAUACCACUGUAUCAUAUAUUCUUAAUUGAAUACGUUAUUUCUUUAUUAUUUCUACAUCUACUAGAAAAUUUAUUGUAUUAAAAAUUUAGGAUUAAGAUGAAUUAAAAUAAAUUACAAAACAAGCAUUUCAAAAAUAGAUAUUUAUUUAGUUUCAUUUUACGUUUCACAUUGAAAAAAACUUAAAAUCGAUAUUUUCGAACAUAUAGACAAGUAAUUUUUCUUACAACUCUGUAAAAAAAACUCAAAUAAAUUUGUUGUAAAAUAUUAGUUUUAUUACAGAAAUUGGAAAAAAAUAAAGCGUUUUUAAAAAAAAACCAAAAGUAAAAAUAUAUAUUUAAAUGUAUUUUGUAAAUGAAAUGUGUGCAAAUACGUAUAAAAAUCAAUAUAUUCAAUAUAAGUAGUAAAUUAAGAGUUUCUUAUGAAAAAGACAAAAACUUAUUUAUAGUUGUAUGUGUUAAAAUUUCAUAAUAAUAAUAAAAUAAAUAUAAAAGACAAAGAAAAUAUUCAUAAAAUAA